GAGCACUCGGUCUAAGUACUUACGGUUACCGCUUGACCACCUUUGAUGGUCACUUCUUGCAUUUCGGUCUCGUCAAAAUCAAAAAUUUCAACGAUUAGUUAUCAAUUCUGCGGUAGUUUCGAAUUCAAAAGUGACAAUGAGGUGUAGUAAAUUAUUGUUGUUUAUCACGAUAAUGGGCGGGACUUGGCAGUUAGGCCGACCGACCUGUGUUUUGGAAUCAGAUUUUGGAUUUGUCCUCAACUGUGCUUUUAAGAAAUCUGGUCUGUUUCGAGUUAGAAAUCUUGGUGGUGUGAAAGCUCACAUAGGCCUGGGUUUUAGUGUGGGUGAUGAAUUGGGAUUUAAAGAAUCUCUAACUAAUGUUGAAUCAAGUAGGAGAAGAUCUGCUCCACUUUCAAAAGCCCAAGUCCAAUUAAUCCAAGCUCAGCAAAAUGCCAAAAAAAUGAACCAGGGUGGUUCAGUAACACCAUCUCCUAAAGGUCUCUCCAUGGAUUCAAGGAUGGGUACAGUAGAAGUGGUUACACCAUUAUCAGCUGGUCAAAUGAUUGGUGUACAAAAAUCAAUGAAAAAAUCUUCAAAUUCAGUUCCUCCAUUUAGACCAAUUCCACCAGCUCAAGAAAGAUAUACCAUUAGCAAAUCGCCGCCUCGUGCUGUUUCUGACGAUUCAGGAGAAUUAAUGGCAAUAAUAGCAGUACCGAAAAAAGACAUCCAAGCCCAAGAUAAAAGCGGUAAUGAUAACUUUGGAUACAGGGUUCUUCCAUCUACAGCGAAUAAUGAAAUAAUACCCCAGUUGAAUUCCAUAAUGUCUUUUCCUAAUAAUAUUACCGAAGAAGAUCUCGAAGCUUUAAUCCAAAGACAACAAGCUAUAGCUAUGAAAAAGAGAACCACCACUACGACGACAACCACGACUACUACAACACCAAAAUCUUCUAAUAAGUACGCUAAUAGUGUAGGAAAAGUAAUGAAUGCGCCUAAAGAGUACUAUCCUGUUGGAUACGAUAAAAAUUUUGACGAUAAUUUUGCUUCAAGAGUGGAAUUGCCAGAAACUUCUUUUUAUUGUGGAGAUCAGAAGCAUUUUCCUGGGUUGUAUGCUGAUGAGGAUUUAGGUUGCAUGGUAUUCCACGUAUGUGCUCUCACAGACGAUGGUCUCAUCAUGAAGAGUUUCCUGUGUCCGGAAUCAACAUUAUUUGACCAAACUAUCCUUAAAUGCAAUUGGUGGUUUUACGUCGACUGCAAAAAUUCCAAGAAGCUGUACGAUUCCAACAUCCCAAUAUCAAAGAGCUAUCAGCUAAUGAAAGCUUUAACGUUCUUCUCAGCUUACAAAAAUGACAAUAAAAAUAGUUCAAAAACGAACGAUAAAGACUGAUAGGAUAAAUAUAGAUUUUAGUGUUAAUAAUUACCCCUGCAAGGAGAUGUGAUGUUCCCAAAUAUUUUUUUUUGUAUACAGGGUUUAAAGUUACUGCUACUAGAGAGGGAGGGGUCACUAGAUUCUGGUAAUUGCAUUCUUACAUACAUAACUUAUUCAGUAACUUUUUGGAUUUUACUUAUUUAUCGUUAUGAUCCUUCAGAUAAAAAAGUAUUUUAAAGGCGUAAAAUAAUCACAUCUCUUUGAAAAAAAGCUCAAUUUCCACAAUCUAAGUCUUUUAUAAUAAUUUAUAAUUAUAUUUUAUCUUAUUUAAUAAGUAGGUGAUACGUUUGGUGAUUCCAUAAUAUUUAAUGUUUAACUUAUUCCUAUUUCUAUUAGAUAAAUACAU